GAGGCCCGUCAGGGACGAAAAGGAGUUGUAUAGGAGCUCCAUGACAUUACCAAUUGCGAUGCUCCAUGCACUAGCCGGAAUCUAUAAAUACAAGACCCCGAAAUCUGUCGCUGGAGAGUCGAUUCCCUAGAAAUGAGCAUCAACGGCUGGCUUCAGCGAAUCUGGCAGUGGCCCCACCGUUCCGCGAGGCACGAGAAAUGGGCUGCAGCCCAACCAAACCCCGCCUUGCCCAAAGCAAAGUCCUACCCGCCAAGAGCAAAAGUCCUGAGCUAGUGCCACCACACUGAUAGGACAUUCAGAUUCAGCGCAAAUGGCCCUGGAGAAAAAUUGACUAUGAGCCCUCCCCAUCUGAUUGCGGCUAGCGGAGGUGGUUGCCAUUUCCAAUGCCAUAUCGCGACAUGUGAGAGCAAGGACGAUUCGAGCGUGACGGGACGGAAUAGGACGUCUUGGGCACGUGGCACGCCAUUUGGAAACAAAGAUAGGGCAGCAGAGUUUUAUUCAGCGGUUGUUUCGAUUUCCGAGUGGCUUUGCCCCGCCUCUCUCGAUCACCGCCUCCACCAGUACGGCAUGGAGUGCAUACGAGGGAAAAGGCAAAAAGCAACAGCCCACAUUGAGCGAGUUUUGCGUCUCGGGAUGCGGACAAGCUGUUUCGUGGGACGGCAUUUGUCACGCUCUCCAAUCCAUUUGUCCACUGAAGGUGAAGCAGAAAAAAGGCUGGAGAGCUGCUGGGUCCAUCGGUAUUCCAUUGCCUUUUCAUUCCAGAUCUGCUCCAUCACUCGCCCUGCAUCGCUAGCACCAUGGCGAGUUUGUCACUAGCCCCGCCGCUGUGGCUUCUGCCACUGCUGAUCACUGGCCUCUCGACUUCUCAGCCGCACGGGCUACAGCGCCGUGUACAUGCAGCCAGACCUGUACCCUGCAGGUUCCGAGACCAGUCGAGCAGCCCUAGGCCAUAGAGACUGCAGGUGGGUAUGAUGAUGGUUUGAGCUGGGUCGAGGAGGAGGA